UUGUGUUGUGUAAUCUGUGUGUUCACAUUGGAGGUCAAACCUGUAAUCAUAAACUUGAGAAGGAAGAACGAAGAAGAACCCUCUCCACAAUUCUUAUUUCUCCGUCCACAAUCUUCUUUCCUCCGAAUUUCUCUCCUCUCACCCACCCAUCGAUUCAAUUUUCUACUACUUUUUCAGCUGUAUAAAGAUUUUGUUCGGUUCUGUUCUUCCCAAUGAAUGAUUCCGCCAACGGAAGCGCCGGGAAGAGGAAUAGGCAGGAGGAAGCCGAUGAAGACGACGAUUCAAUGGGGGAAAAUGGUCCAGGCAAGGUUUUGAAGGGCUUGGUUACUUCUCUGUUGCUGUUGGAUGAGCAGGAGAAGUGUGAGCAGGAAGAACAUGACAGGGCUUCCAUGGAGGACAAGCUUUCUCUGGAGGUGAAUCACCGGAAGAAGACCAAGGCCAUGGUCGAUUUCUACUCCGAAGUUCAGGAUUACUAUUCGGAAGUCGAGGAAUCGGACCGGAUGAAGCGGAAGAAAUCGCGAUUGGCAGCGGACUCUGUCGCGGUUGCUGCCGCCUCCGAUGGAUUGCAGAAGAUCGAGAGCGAUAAAUCAGCCAAACGCGGCGGCGAUGGCGGCGGCGGGAGCGGGAGCGGUGGGCACCACCGGAGACUGUGGGUGAAAGAUAGGUCAAAAGCGUGGUGGGACGAAUGUAACAGUCCGGAUUACCCCGACGAGGAAUUCAAGAAGCAAUUCAGGAUGGGGAGGGCAACUUUCGAUAUGAUUUGCGAGGAGCUUAAUUCCGCCAUAGCCAAAGAGGACACCACGCUUCGAACCGCGAUUCCCGUCCGGCAAAGAGUCGCCGUUUGCCUCUGGAGAUUGGCCACCGGCGAUCCCCUCCGAGUCGUCUCCAAGAAAUUCGGAUUAGGUAUUUCCACCUGCCAUAAACUGGUUCUCGAGGUCUGCACCGCCAUAAGAACAGUACUAAUGCCGAAGCACCUCCAAUGGCCAGAAGAAGAAACCCUAAGAAGAAUCAAAGAAGAAUACGAAUCCAUCUCCGGAAUCCCCAACGUCGUCGGCUCAAUGUACACCACACACAUUCCGAUCAUCGCCCCCAAAAUCAGCGUCGCAGCGUAUUUCAACAAGCGCCACACAGAGAGAAAUCAGAAGACAUCGUAUUCAAUCACAGUCCAAGGCGUCGUCGAUCCGAGAGGCGUCUUCACCGAUGUCUGUAUCGGAUGGCCGGGAUCAAUGCCGGACGAUCAAGUUCUGGAGAAAUCGGCUCUGUUCCAGAGAGCAAACGGGGGGUUAUUGAAGGGGGUGUGGAUCGUCGGGGGCUCGAGUUAUCCAUUGUUGGACUGGGUUCUGGUUCCAUACACGCAGCAGCAUCUCACUUGGACUCAGCACGCCUUCAACGAGAAGAUUGGGGAGAUUCAGAAGGUUGCUAAAGAUGCCUUUGCGCGGCUGAAAGGGCGGUGGCGCUGCCUGCAGAAGCGGACGGAGGUGAAGCUUCAGGACCUGCCGGUGGUGCUCGGAGCUUGCUGUGUUCUACACAACAUUUGUGAACUGAAUAACGAAGAAAUUGACAGAGAACUAUCCACAGAGCUUCAAGAUGAUGAAAUGGCUCCAGAAGUUGCUCUCAGAUCGGUGACCUCCAUGAAAGCUAGAGAUGCCAUUGCUCAUAAUCUGCUGCACCAUGGACUUGCAGGCACUGCAUUUCUAUAGUAAAGCAAGUAAGAAACCCAGAUUCUUUUUUUAGGGUAUGUGUUUGUUUCACAAGUUUUGGUCUGAAGUGGGUUCCCCUUAUUCUCCUUCUUCUCCUUCUUCUUUUCUCUUUUGGGGGGGCCUAAAUUAUUUUUUCAUAAGUUCUUGUUAUGAAAUUGAACUCACACAGAAAAAUUUGUAGUUUAGGAUCAUAUACUGAUUAUUAUCAAACAUGACACAAAUGAUUUUAAAUGAAAUGUUCAAUUCUUUCAAA